AUGAAUGAAGUCGUCAUCCGAGCGCCCUCUCUGAAGCGGGGAAAGAACUACGAAGGCUUGAACAACAGGAUAAAACUGAAGAAAAUCUUAGGCUUGACAGUAUGCAGCAGUGCUGGACUCGAUGUAUCCUCCACAACCGGCGUACUUGCGUAUCCAGCAGGAUGUACGGUAGUGUUGUUCAACUCAAAAAAGCUGACCCAGAAUUUCCUGCUCAACACAGCGAAGAAGGCCAUCACUGCCGUCGCAUACUCAGAAUGUGGUCGGUAUCUGGCAACGGGCGAAUGCGGUCACAAUCCCUCGAUCAAGGUGUGGGAGCUGGACGCGUCCGGCGGCAACGGUGGUGGUGCGAUCGAGAACGGUGCCGCCGGUAGCAUCGUGGCAGAGUUCUCCGGCCACAAGUACGCAGUCAGCUGUGUGGCCUUCUCGCCCACGGGCAAGUACCUGGUGUCGGUUGGCUCGCAGCACGACAACAUCGUGAAUGUGUUCGACUGGAAGGCAAAUCUUAAGAUCGCCUCAAACAAAGUAACGGCCAAGGUGGUGGCGGUUAGCUUCAGCGAGGAUGGCAACUACUUCGUCACGGUGGGCAACCGGCAUGUAAAAUACUGGUAUCUGGAGGGUAGCCGCAAGUAUAAGGAACCGAUCCCGCUGAUGGGACGAAGUGCCAUCCUGGGAGAGCUACGAAACAAUGACUUCUGUGCGGUCGCGUGCGGUAAGGGAGAGAUGGCCGAGAGUACGUACGCAAUCACGCGGAACGGUCAUCUGGUCGAGUUCAAUGCGCGUCGUUUGCUGGACAAGUGGGUGAUGUGUCGCACCAAUGCGGCCAACUGUAUGGUUGCCAGUACAAAGUACAUUCUCGUCGGUUGUGCCGAAGCCAUCGUGAGGGUAUUUAAUGCUGAAACGCUAGAAUACAUUACCACUCUGCCGAGGACCCAUUUCCUCGGUGUGGACGUAGCGCAAGGGGUACACAUCAACCACAUGAUGGCGGUACCACAAAACGCAAAGUAUCCCGACACUAUAGCCAUCGUGUACGACGAAGCUCGCUCGAAGGUGACGUGCGUGUACAACGACCACAGUCUGUACAUCUGGGACCUGCGGGACAUCAGGCGGGUGGGCAAGAGCCAAUCAUUCCUGUACCAUUCCGCCUGCAUCUGGGGCGUCGAAACAGUGCCAUUCAGCUAUCAGCAGCUCAAGCACAACGCCAACGGGGGCGAUACGCUACCGUCGGACUGCUUCAUGACCUGCUCGUCGGACGACACGAUACGCGUGUGGGACGUGGACAGCUGCGAAACGAACGAAGUGUACCGGAAGAACAUCUACAGCAAGGAGCUGCUCAAGGUGCUGUACAUCGACGACGAGCUGAAUUUCAUAAAGGAUACGGACAAUCCGAUCCACAGUACGGAGAAAAACUCAAGCUACGAUGGCCGCAACGGAGUGCGCUGCAUCAAAAUCAGCCCGGAAAGUCGGCAGCUUGCGACGGGCGAUCGAAGUGGCAACAUUCGAAUCUACAAUCUCAGUAACCUUAAGCUCAUCACGACGAUCGAGGCGCACGAUUCGGAGGUUUUGUGUCUGGAGUACACGAAUGAUAAAAUCGACCGACGAUUGCUGGCCAGUGCGAGCCGGGAUCGAUUGAUUCACAUUUUCGAUUGUGAGGCAAACUAUCGUAUACUGCAGACGUUGGACGAUCACUCGAGCAGUAUCACUUCGGUACGGUUUAUCGGAGCCGGCAAGCAGUUUCAAAUGGUGUCCUGCGGUGCAGACAAAUCCAUCAUAUUCCGCCAUUUUCAGAACAAUGUGUUUCUGCGCGGUAAUAACUGCUCUGGCAAAAAUACACUGUACGACAUGGAGGUGGACAGCAACAGUAAGCACAUUCUUACGGCGUGCCAGGACAGGAAUAUUCGCGUUUAUAGCACACAGAACGCAAAGCACACGAAGACAUUCAAAGGAUCCCAUUCGGACGAGGGCAGUUUGAUUAAAGUCAGUCUUGAUCUGAGUGGCAUCUAUAUUGCGACGUCAUGCACGGACAAAACGCUCAGUGUGUACGAUUACUAUUCGAACGAAUGCAUGGCACGAAUGUACGGUCACAGUGAGCUCGUUACCGGGCUAAAGUUCACCAACGACUGCAAAUAUCUUAUAUCGGCUAGUGGGGACGGGUGUGUGUUCAUCUGGCAAGUACCACAUGACAUGAUCGUUACGAUGCAAGCGCGCCUGUCACAGCAAGCGCUUCGGUCGGGCAUUCAGCCUAUUCCACGAACGCUUCAACCAACGAACCCCUUUACUGAUGCCAUUCUAAACCACCCGCAACCAACGCCGGUGCCGAACAAUGCUGCUAUAAGCGUGUCAGAGUUCGGAUCACCACCCAACAGUGCUUUUCUGGUCGAUGAUGCUCCAGUCACUCCCGGGUAUCGAUUUUCUGACGUGGGUCAGCUACCACAAUGGGCCAAAAGGAAACCAUCCGAAGAUUUGCAGUCAAAUUCACCUGUACUCGGCAGUAGUCCUAGCCAGAGCGGCAGCAAUUUCGGUGGCCUAGCACCGAAACCCAGAGGUCGCUGGGGUCAGAAAGGUGUCGGUGGACAGCUGGAGGAUCCAUUCGAUCUAAGAAAUAUCGUCGAAAGUAGUCCGCUGGGCACAACGUUUACCACGGAGCAGCGACAACCGACAACACCAACACCUCCACAGCCUGUCUCUGGUCAUCUUACGCAUCCACCGGCAACUAACACACCCACUUCCGGAUAUAAUAGCAGUGGCUCAAAAGAUGUUUACAGUAACGCCUACCUCAGUGAAGACAGUUCAAUCGACAGUGGACGAGAAAACCGACGGCCGGAUCUGAGCUCCUUCCUGCACAAGAAGAUCACCGAAACGAAGGCAUUGAACAGUUUAAAUUCGGAAUCGAACACCGAACACGACGGUGACGUGGAGGAUAUAUCGGAUGGUGAGCGAACGAGCUCGGACCAUGGCAUGGUGUAUUAUCCAUCUGCUGCACCAUCGACUCCAACUGAUUUCAAGAUCAACGAUGUCGACACAAACGAGCUACGCAAAUCAAUUCGUCGCCAGAAGCUAGAAAAGCAAGGCCUUAGUCUAGCGGCCCAAUUUCAGAGUGCCGCGUCAGGUACCGGUACGGGAACGUCUGACGACGAAGAUGAAGGAUCUACUCCAAGCGGUGAUAAUGCCGAUCGAUCGCUUGCCUCAACGCUGGGAGGAAGCUCGGAAAGUAUACCUCAACAGGCAUCGUCCACCUUUCUACAAGCUGUCCUUGAUGGACCGGGAAGCCUAUCCGAUCGGGAACGUUCACAAGCGCGUAAAAGCAUGAGCGCCAAGCACAACAACGAUGCAAAGAUUACGACCAGCAUAUCGAAAUCCUUUGCCAACAACAAAAAGGAGGAGUUGAUGAAAGUGAUCAACGAGGCAAAGGCAAAGCUGGAGAAUGGGAUAAUGUUUCAUAAUAAGCGUCCAUUAAAUUAUGCUCAAUUAAAGGUCGGCUACCGAUCCGGUUUACGCGCUAGUCAAAGUAUAUCCGAUUUGAGUCACUCGAUGAACAUGUCGGGAGCAAGUCCAAACCGUACGCAACGGAUAGAAGUAGAUAAUAGUUCAGGUUCCAGAAUGUACCCAGCAGUGUCCGGUACUUCCGGACCUUUCGGAGGGUCUGCAACGCACAUAAAUGCCGCCAAUUUUCUUCACAGUGCUGCCCCACGAUCAAAGCUUGCUCAAAACUGUAUGCUUAUGAACCAAAUACAGCAAGAACUUCCACCGUAUCCGCGAGGUGUUGGAAUUUAUGAGCAACCUACCCGGCCAGAUAAACUGGAUCUAGUUGAGUUACCCCCAGUGCCAGCCGAUAAGCUGCGGAAACACCCUGGCAUAUUGAAGAACUAUAAAUCUUGCCCCGUUUCACCCGUUCACGAAGAACAGGAAUGGUCCAGUCCUUCGAAUCACGACGAAUCAUCGCACAAUCAGCAAAAGACACACGAUCGUACCGGUCGUCAUGGGCAGAUGCGUCACUCGAUGUACUACGAAGAUGCGAAAACGAUACUGAGCAUGAUACAUUCCGACACCGAGAAGAUGAUUCGCGAAAUCACUAGCAAGUACGGAGAUCUGGAUGAUAUAAAACCGACUGCAAAGGUAAAAGAUGGCGAAAAACCAGCAUUGGCGCCAGCACCUUCCACGGAAACUGACACGAAAGCAACCACUUCUCAUGACCAGCACGAGCACGGGUUUCUAUCGGAAGAUGAACCGAACUUUAGCUCCGACUCGCUGGAAGAUUGCAGUCUCGAUCUGGACUUAGAGCGACACGGUCAACCGGUACCACCAGCAAGAAAAAAACACUGUGCCAAACAUAAUCCGGCCAAAAAGAUGCAACUCUCACUGCCAAAACGAUCCGUGUCAGAUUACUUUAUCUACGAUCAACCACCGCAAGGUGCACCGUACGAAAUUCCUUACCGAAACGUCUCGCUUUCUGACAUUCUAGAUGAUGAGGAAGCGAUCCGGCAGGCGGAGAAUCGGUUCCUCGAAACACAACGACACUCGAGCGCUAGCUUCUUUCUGGGCCAGCAGUACCCGACACGGAAGAGUCAGGAAAGCAUCCUUUCCGAUGAGUUUGGAAGUGGUGGUGUUAGUUUUUGUAACAGCAUGGAAAGUAUUCUUUCGGAUGACUCCGAGUGCAAGAGUGCACCGUUGGAAGUGCUGUUCGGGCGCAUCCGACGAGAUCAUCUGAAUCAGGUUGGACAUGGACACGGAGCUGGUGGUCGUAAUGCUUCCAAUUUCGAGUACAAACUCGAGGGCAUUGGCUGUGCUACUUCAAAAUCGUACGGCUCGAGUCCUAACGCAGGCAGUGGCUUCGAUUACUAUAUGCAGGGUAAUUAUUUCCAUGCGACCGCCACCGACAGCAGUUAUUUCGGUAUGGUGCACGACAGUUUGGAGUACGGCGGACAUGAGCGUCGCUCAACAGUUCGUCAGGGAGCACCCGGAAUGCCCACUUCGAUUAGUUACCCUCGGUUUUUGCCCAGUCUGGCGUCUGCCGGCACAGCUCCACUAUCCACCGGAAGAGAAGAGUUACUUUUCAAUGAAACAUUCGAAGAGGGAGAAGAUUUCAUACCUUCGCUAACAUCAAAAGCAGCCCAGUAUGGAGGUGCCACCGUUAAAAGCCUCAGCAAAGACUUUGCAAACCAACGGAAACAGAUGAACUCAAAUCCACUCUACAACUGCAACGAUGGCAGCAAUAGUGGUGGGAACGGGGAUCUGUUCAUUCGUAAAACUCUCAACGCCACAAACCAACACCAUCAGAUCACCCGGUCCGACAUAUUUGGCACGGAAUCGUCCGUUUAUGUAAUGAAGAAGUCGUGCAGUUUUGAAAUUGAAAUGGGUGGCCGUCGAAUAGCGCGAAAUUCCAAAAAGUUUGAACAAAAUCUGCAACGCUUCGAGCAGGAACGACAGCAAUCGAACGAUCGCUUCCACCAUCAGCAGUUUGGUGGAACACUGGAGAUGGAUUACGUACCACACAAACCGCCGGUUGCCCAUCGUCGAUCGGCCAGCAUGAAAGGUCGCGGACGAGUACGCUCCAAAGAAAAGUUCAACACGAUCAUUGGCCAGAUAUCCAACUCUGCCGGUCAAUGUGACGAAACGGCUAUGAUCGACGGCAAACUGCGUGAUUUUGUGAGCCGGGAUUUUGUGAUGCCACCAAAGUCUGGGGACGUUAUGUCUGUGUCAGUUGGUGGAGUACGCCGUGGUGAUGUUGGUGAGGAAAAGUCUUUCGAAGUGUACGUCGCAGAGAAAGGCGUAAGUGAGGAUGAUAACAUGGAUAGUUUAGAGUUGCUCUCCAAGGCAAAGAGUGCCGCUUGUGUUCGGAAGGAGAACUCUACCGAUUCGCUCGAAGUCAGCGUCCCACCAGUCGAAGGCGUCACGGAGAUUGGAGUAGAAGCGUUGGAAGGGAUGGAAUCAAUCGAAGACGACGAUGUGAAUCCCGCGGAUGAGGCUUUCGUCGCUGAGGAAGCGUUAGAAUUAGCAAAGAAGAGUCUCACCCAUGGAGCAACAAGUGAGCUGGAAAAGUUAAUCGAUCGUGGACUCCUAACAAGUGGUGAAUACAAUCGUUUUCUUGAUAUUGAGAAAAAGAUCGAUAUCAUUAACAAACUCGUGGAGCUGGAGGAACGUAAACUCGAACAGGAACGCACGGCCAAAGAGUAUCGGAUGCGCCCGUUCGAUUGUGAUCCACGCCAGAAGGGUUACGUUAAGAGUUUGACGGAAAACUUUGAUCGGUUGGCAAAAGAUGCACAGGAAGAACUGGAAAAUGAGAAAAGCUGGUAUCUGGCAAAAGCUCGCAUGAAGCGCAAUUUUAGUCUGCCGGAUGUGCUUGAUUUUGGUGCGGAUUGUUGUUGCCGGCAGCAUGGCGGCAAAUGCUGCGAACAGGAAGGCGAAGAUUGUGGAUGCUGUGGUGACGGAUGUGAUGCGUACAAGCAGAAGGACGAAGAAGAACUGUCGGAAAAGGAGGAAAACUCGAUGGCGGCCGCUGUUGCGGCAGUUGCUGCUGCCGUCGCUGCCAUUGGGAUGUCGAACAGCGAUGAAGGCGGUAAUCCCCGAAGCUUAAUCUCUGCGCAAGAUAGUGAAUCUUCGAUUAGACGUGCUUGUUCGCUUAGUGAUUUGAGUAUGGGAAAAGGUUACAAAUCUCCCAAUCAAUCGACUACUGGCAGUGGGCAGUACAAACCAUCGGUAAGCAACAGAAAUACCAGCACACCGAUACGCAACACGCCCAAGCGCAGUACCUCGUCGGUCGGUAAGGGGGGUGCAUCACUGUCUACAGGCAUGGGCGUCCGUAGUGUCUCAGUUGGAAUGUUGAACCAAGCGAGUGACUCGGAGGCGGAACCACCAAACUCACGAGGAGGUUUGUUGAAACCAACGAUUUCGUCCCAAAACAAGAUCAACGGAACGGGUAAUGGGACUGGUAAUGGCAGCGGUGGUAAAUACAUUAACCCCCGCAGUGCAGCUGGAAUCAUUAAUCGACGAAAAGGUCUACAAAACGCUUACAGCAGUGUAAACAUCUCAUCCGCAGGACAGGAUGAAUCUAGCUCGGAAGAGUCGCCCACCAGUACAGUAAGCACGGUACCGACGAAACCGGCCGUCCCACCGCGUCCCCGAAGCAUCGCCUUCGAACACAAACGGAUAGCUAACGUGAACACUAGUCUUAUAAACGUGAAGAAAACGGUUACCGUCGGUGGUACUACGACCAUUCCUUCCGAGUCGACAAACGGUAGCAGCGGUGGUAUUAACAAUGCCACCAACAACGGAGCCAUCAUGCCAGUGAAAGACGCAGAUCUGGACAAUGCAGACCUUACCAACCAGCUUUGUACGAACAUCAUCAACCAACUCGUACAAACGACCUCCACCGUCAUACAGCUCCACCAGCGGCUAAAGUCAAACGAUGAGGCGAGCAUCAAUGGGCGCAACAACUCACUGAUGCUGAAAGAGCUCGAAAAUGCCGUCAUAAUGACACAAAAUAUGCUCACCAAAGUCACCAAUCGCAAUCACAACGAUGGUAUCAACAACAACAACAGUAUGAGCAAUAACACAAACAAUCAAAUCAUGUACGAAAAAUGUGUCGACAUGCUCAACCAGGUGCAAAAGCACGUGAACAACAACGGCUAG